GAGGGGGGGGGGGGGUACUGGGGCGUUUCUUUAACCCCUUAUGAAGUCAGUGAUGCCCCCGUGGAAACCUUCAUCCGCUGCAGGCCCCCCUGGUUGUGCUUUCAGAGUUCGCUCCGAGGCUAGACACUGCUAUGAACGCGUAACCAUAACAACCGCGUUCUGAUUGGCUCUCCCCGUACGGAAAAGGGGAGGUGGGUGAGGUGGUGGGGUGGGUGGUGAAUUAACAAGGGCGUCAUCCAAUGUGACGCCGCGUCGUCCGCGCUGGCAAAAAAAAAAAAAACGUGACAACCCCAAAGCACUGUGAUGCGAAAGUGGUGGCGCGAGGUGAGCCCGAAAGGAAAUGACUGGACACCAAAACAAAGCGCGAGCUAAACAGGGGAUGAAAUAUUAGAAAUAUUAUUAUUAAUAAUAAUAAUCGUACCCCCCCAAAAAAGAUGUUUUUAGCUGUGCGCGCGUGAGAGAACAUGUGCGGCUCGUCCGUUACGCAGAGCGUCAGCUGGCGCGGCUGAAAUCUCUCUCCUCAACCUCUGGAUUGUGGAUUGUGACAAGUGCCAAGGAACCGAUCUCGGACCAGGACUACAACAGUUCCCGGGGAUCGUCUCUCUCGAUCUCUCUCCUCGCUGCCUUUUUUUUUUUUUUUUGGGUGGGGGGAGACUGGAGCUUCCUUAAACUUUUCGCCUGACAGCACACCUCCCCCGGAGCCAAGACGUUGUUCCGCGUGGACCCGGGUCGCCCCAGUCCGAGCAGCGCAGUCCGUGUGGGAAGGUCGGCACUGUGCGCCCUGCAGGCCGGAGACAUGAUGGUCCACUGCGCCGGCUGCGAACGGCCCAUCCUGGACCGGUUCCUCCUCAACGUGCUGGACCGCGCGUGGCACGCCAAGUGCGUCCAGUGCUGCGAGUGCAACUGCAACCUCACCGAGAAGUGCUUCUCCAGGGACGGGAAGCUCUACUGCAAAAUUGACUUUUUCAGGCGGUUUGGCACAAAGUGCGCGGGCUGUGCGCAGGGCAUCUCGCCGAACGACCUGGUGCGCAAAGCGCGCAGCAAGGUGUUCCACCUGAACUGCUUCACCUGCAUGGUGUGCAACAAGCAGCUCUCCACGGGAGAGGAGCUCUACGUGGUGGACGAAAACAAGUUCGUGUGCAAAGAAGAUUACUCGAGCUCCGGGGCCAUCAAGGAAGUCAACUUGAACUCAGUGUCGUCGUGUACAGAUAGGAGUUUAUCGCCGGAUCUGCAGGACCCAACACAGGACGACAUAAAGGAGACGGACAAUUCCACGUCCUCGGAUAAGGAAACGAACAAUAUUGAGAACGAGGAGCAGAACUCGGGGACCAAGAGGCGCGGGCCCCGGACCACCAUCAAGGCCAAGCAGCUGGAAACGUUAAGGGCCGCGUUUGUGGCCACGCCGAAACCCACCCGGCACAUCCGGGAACAGCUGGCCCAGGAAACGGGACUGAACAUGCGCGUGAUCCAGGUCUGGUUCCAGAACCGGAGAUCCAAAGAGCGGCGGAUGAAGCAGCUGAGUGCUCUGGGAGCCCGGCGGCACACCUUCUUCAGGGGCCCGAGGAGGAUGAGGCCCCUGGGGGGCCGGCUGGAGGAUCCGGAUAUUUUGGGACCCGGGGCCUACGGCUACUACGGAGAAUACCAAGGCGACUACUACGGACCGGGGAGUAACUACGACUUCUUCCCCCACGGCCCCCCGUCCUCGCAGGCUCAGUCUCCGGCCGAGUCCCCUUACAUCAUGUCCUCGGGCCCCGGGCCCAUGGAGGGCUCGGGCCACCACCCGUCAGACGACCAAAGGUUCACGGACAUGAUCUCCCACGCGGAGACCCCGAGUCCGGAGCCGGGCUUACCGGGCUCCCUGCAGCCGGUCCCGGGGGAGGCUUACGGGGGCGGACCCAGUCCUCCUUUCUCCUUGGCGAGUAACUCCAGCUACAGCGCUCCCAUGUCCCACCAGGGCCAGGAGAUGGGGGAGACCGCCGCCUGGUGAAGGACCAGAACCACAUGGGACUAUUCCUGGGAUCAACGUCAGCCCAGUUAAUUCAGGAGACGAGUACAAAAAAAAAAGACAAAAAAAUAGACGCACACACAUGCGGAGUGAAACGAACCCAGAUAACAUUUUUACGAAGGACUUUUUAAAAAAAAAGGUAAAUUAAAAUCACGGACUGAAUUUCACAAUUGACGAGCGGAUGGGAACGAGAAGGAGGACGUCCCGCCGAGGGGAGAAGUGAUGUUCGCAGCCCGGUAGACGCUCCAAAGCAAAUCCCUUCCUGGAUUACUGGACUUGAAUUAUUUAAACAAAAAGAAUUUCCACCCAGCAAAAAUGCUCGAUGUAAAACAGAAGGUAUAUCUUCGAACACGCCAAAGGGGACAUCUUUAGUUCUCUUGAUUUCUCACCACUUUUUUGGGGUUUUUUUGGGGGGCGGGAUUUUAUUUUUCAAAACGUUGCUUUAAAGAAAUAAAUGUUUUUUUGUUUUUUUGUUCGGUUCAUUGCUAAGUUGCUACUCUACACGCAAUAUUAAAAAUAUGACAACGGACCAGGUUUUAAACACGCUUUAAUGUUCAUAUACAAACACAUGUACGUGGUCAAUCGAGACACGAUACGUCGCUUUAAACCUCCUCUGUAGGACUCAAAGGCUGCUUCUUGAUAGAAACUGGACACACACACACACACACACACACAUAUAUCUGGCAUUGACUUUCCCUUGCACACAUCUCAGCUUUAAGUUCCUUAAUGCACAAAAAGCGUUCUUGAUCAUAGCUCAAAAGAAGGAUGUCUAUACCAUUAUUCAAAACACGGACACAAUUACACAGACACUUGUACUCGCUCAAGCGCGCGCACACACACACACACACACACACGCACACGCACACACACACCUCACACCCCUCCAGCCGGCCCUGAUAUUUUCUGCUCUGCAGACUGCUUCACCUGACCUUCCUUUUGUUAAUGUCCCUUUUAUAAUAAAAAAACAUGUUUUAAUGGAAAUGAUUUUCAAAAGAACAUUGAACCCAUAAUGGAGAAUCUCCUUCAACAGCUGAGGUCUCCUUCCUCUAAAGAGAGGAAACAAAAGAGGGGGCAGACAACAUCUGUGGCGUUACCUCCGUCUGCUCUGGAGCACUCAUUGCCAUCUAGUGGCCUUAAGACACACUGAAUUCAAAACAGGAGGAGGAGAAAGAGCGUCCGGCUGUGUGUGCGUGUGUGUGUGUGUGUGUGUGUGUGUCAACAUCUUUGUGCUGCACAGGACAAACCAAACCCUGGUUGCUUUUCCUCUCUAAAUAAUGACAAUAGGGGAUUCUUCCAGUUGUUCAGGGCUGACUGUCAUCCGGGCUCCAGAAAAUUUAAAAGAAUUCAAAACUCCAUUAAAAGACACAAAAGGUACACGUCUGCUUCUGAACGGAGACGCACAAACCAAACUAGCUGAUGGUAUUCAACACAAAACCUUGUGCCCCUGUUGUUUAACCCUCCUGUUACCUUCACAUUUACUCACAUAUUUUACCCUCGGGGUCAAUUUGACCCCAGCAAUUAAAACCUCCAGAAAAUUAUUAGAAUUAAUAUUGUUUCCCAAGUUUACGUGUGAGGUACUUUAUGUUUGUUUGUUGACUACCUAAAUAGCCCUUUAAAUAUAUAAAAAAGUUGAUAUUUCUUAUAUGUUUGACACAGUGAAAAACAGCCUGGGGUCAAAUUGACCCCAAAGAACACCGACGUUAAACAUUGAAUGGGGUCAAAUUGACCCUAAAGGUAACAGGAGGGUUAAAAAAAAAAACUGCUUCGUCGCUGGGCUUUUAUCGUUUCAUCGCACGCGAACAUCGAACCACCGUUUGUCCACAACGAGUUACUUGAAAUAUUGUUUUUGAGAUCAUUAAUUUUCCUUUUGAACAUUUGUACGACCCGGAGAGAAUGUGUCUUAUUUCUGAUGUAUUGAGAUAUUCUUGGAUACAAGUGUGUGUGUGUGUGUGUGUGUGUGUGUGUGUGUGUGUGUGUGUG